CUUUGGGGAAACUUCAGAGGUCUAUCUAGUAUCUUCAAAGCACUCAUGGAUAUCUGCUAUAAAGAAAGCAUCUUCAGAUGACAAACCUUACUCUCUGAAUUAGGUGCUUGACUGAAGCUGAUAGAGAAUGGAAACAUUUCCUUGGCAAUGUCUCUGGGAAGACUCCUCCGUCGUGCCUCUUCCAAAGCAUCUGAUCUCCUGACCUUGAAUGCCAGCAGCGGCUGUGGUGGUUCGUCUUCCAUCUUGGAUGGAGAGAUUAUCUAUUCCAAGAACAAUGUUUGUGUCCACCCCCCUGAGAUGCUGCAAGGUGUUGUGGAACAUCAUCCAGGCUACUUAUGCUUGUACAUGGAGAAAGAUGAGCUGCUUGGAACCACGCUUAUCCUGGCCUGGGUCCCCAAUUCCCGUAUUCAGAGGCAGGAUGAGGAGGCCCUCCGUUACAUCACGCCUGAGAGCUCCCCUGUCCGCAAGGCUCCCCGCAAGCGUAACCGACACACUCAGGGUUUUGGCAUCCCUAUGCAGGCUUCUUCUGUGGAGCAGAAGCAAGCUGUGACCCCAAAGGAUGAGGAGGAGGACAUUUUGACUGUGUCACAGCUGAUGAGGGAUGUGGCUCAUGUCAGCCCCCCUUCAGAAGAAGGGGACAAAUUGUCCCACAACUGCUCGGCAACAUGCAACAUCCACAGCUCUGCUCAGCCUGCUCACAGUGACUCAGGAAUUUUAUCGACAAUCAGUUCUCAGGAUGAACAGAACCGAUUAGAGGAGUCUGUUGAGGAAGGGCUGGAGGGCCACUUGGAGACAGGAGAAGAUGAAGGCUCUUUGGAGUUGUCUGCCGAUGACGUUAGCAAAGACAGCACGUUUGACUCAGAUUCAGAUGCCUUCUCUUCUCCAUUCUGCCUCUCACCCAUGAGCGAAGCACUUGUGGAAAAUGUUAGCUCUGUGUUCCUGGUUAAUGAAAACAGAGAUCCAUGUGAAAGCCUCAUGACUCACUCAACCAGUUCCAGUUCAAGCCUUGAUCCCAGUUCCCAGUUCCAGGAGAAUAAUGGGCAGGUGCAGACCUCCAGAUGGGAUGAGCAACAGAAGGUGUUUGCCUUGGAACAGAUCUGUGGGGUCUUCAGAGUUGACCUGGGACAGAUGAGGUCUCUUCGCCUUUUUUUCAGUGAUGAGGCCUGCACCAGUGGGCAGUUGGUGGUGGCUAGCCGGGAGAGUCAGUAUAAGAUUUUUCACUUUCACCAUGGUGGCCUGGAUAAACUUUCCGAAGUGUUUCAGCAAUGGAAGUAUUGCACAGAGACCCAUCUCAAAGACCAGCAGCUCACUGACAUGAAGACCUGCAUGCAGUUCUCCAUUCGCCGGCCCAAGCUCCCCUCAUCCGAGACCCACCCGGAGGAGAACGCGUAUAAGCGUUUAGAUGUCUCUGUGUGGCUUCGUCAUUUAAACAAGGCUGGCCAAGUAGAAGAAGAGUACAAGCUGCGGAAGGCUAUUUUCUUUGGUGGGAUCGAUGUCUCAAUUCGUGGUGAAGUUUGGCCAUUCUUGUUAAGCUACUAUAACUAUGAAUCCACUUCAGAAGAGAGGGAGUCUCUCCGUAUUGCAAAGAGAGAGGAAUAUUUUGAGAUCCAACAGAAAAGGCUCUCCCUAGCACCAGAUGAGCAGAAGGCAUUCUGGAGGAAUGUGCAGUUCACUGUUGAUAAAGACGUGGUGAGGACUGACCGGAGUAACCAGUUUUUCCGAGGAGAGAACAACCCCAAUGUGGAGACUAUGAGGCGGAUCUUGCUGAACUAUGCAGUGUACAACCCAGCCAUUGGCUAUUCCCAGGGAAUGUCUGACCUCGUGGCCCCCAUCCUCGCUGAGGUUCUGGAUGAAUCGGAUACUUUCUGGUGCUUUGUCGGUUUGAUGCAGAACACAAUCUUCAUCAGUUCCCCUCGGGAUGAGGAUAUGGAGAAGCAACUGAUGUACCUGCGAGAACUGCUGCGGCUGAUGCACGUCCGCUUCUACCAGCACCUGGCCUCCCUUGGGGAGGACGGCCUUCAGAUGCUUUUUUGCCACCGCUGGAUCCUCCUCUGCUUUAAGCGAGAGUUUCCGGAUGCCGAAGCUCUGCGCAUGUGGGAAGCCUGCUGGGCUCACUACCAGACAGACUAUUUCCAUCUCUUCAUCUGUGUGGCUAUUGUGGUGAUCUAUGGGGAUGAUGUCAUCGAACAGCAACUGGCUACUGACCAGAUGCUGCUACACUUUGGGAACCUCGCCAUGCACAUGAAUGGGGAGCUCAUACUCAGGAAGGCUAGAAGUUUGCUGUAUCAGUUCCGCCUGCUGCCCCGGAUCCCUUGCAGCCUGCAUGACCUGUGCAAACUGUGUGGAACAGGCAUGUGGGACAGUGGCUAUAUCCCUGCCGUGGAGUGUACUGGAAAUCACCCUGACUCUGAUAGCUGCCCAUAUGGGGGCAUGGUGGAUGAGCCUUCUCCCAAGUCAGGAAAUGAGUGCAGAAGGGGACUUAAGACACGAGAGGUCUUUGCUUUCCGGAAGUGACCUUUCAGGAUUAUAUCCCAGCUACGUGAGGACUGCAAAGCAGGGGCACAGAAAACUCAGCACAGUUGAGGCACUGCAAGCAAAAGAUGAAAGGACAAGGGUGGUUUUCUUCUGAUCCCAAAUGGUAAUGGGAAGAGACAAAACAUGAUACAGAAUGGAAGAGUCUCCUGCUUUGCGGUCAGAGUUUGAUUUUGGUGUGCAUCAUAACGGGAAGGGGGUUGAUCGGAUCAUGGUGCUGCUUUGUAGUGGAACAAAUGGAGAGAGGGGCUGAGCCUGGUGAAUCAGGGUCAAAAGUGACCCAGGGUCUCCCACUUGCCAUUUCGGGAAUAGCAACAGCUUUCUAAACGGAUCCAUACCCAGCAACCCGGAUGGUAGAUGAAGGGGCAGGGGCAGCCUUGCUCCUUUGCCCGGGUGCACCCAGGCACCUAUGCGUGCACAUACUGCUCUAACCAAAAUGCACCACUCACUGGCUUUACGUAAAGCCGGGGUGAUCACCUGGAGUAUAGUCUGCCAAGAACAGGAAUGAAAUUGCAGACUUUGGGGUUUCCAGAGGAAACA